UUUAAACAAAUUUUCAAAAAGGAGGAGGUCUUGCCAGGUUUUAACUGUGAUUACUGAACUCCGUCACGUCAUUUGUAGAGAGCGAGUUACAUUUGUCUUUUGUAGGACGAGGCUUAGUAGAGUUGUCAUUGUAUCCCUAAGUCGUAAUUGACGUUAGGUAUUAAUCGACACUUUCAAGUCUGCGUUACCGUGCUUUUUUUCAUUCACUGAGUGAGAGCGAGGGCAUUGAAAAUGGCCCAUUUCGGAUUUGAAAACGACAUCAGCGACACGCUGAAGCUCGACGUCCCCAUUACCAACGCUCCUAUUUCCCGCUGGCAGAGGAAAGCAAGCGCGUCAAACCCGUCCUCGAGCGCCUUGUCCCCCGGGAAGUAUGCCAACGUUUCGCUGAACAUAUCGUCAAAGACGCCGUGUAAGACUCCGUGUAAGACGCCAGGCAGAUGGAAAGCCACUCCGUCAAAGAUGGGAGCGGACCGCUUCAUUCCUGUCCGUAAUGAGAAACAAAUGGAAAUGGCGAGUUUCUUGCUCUCAAAGAAGGCUCGACCCAAGGAAGACGGCGUCUCAGCAGCUUUGUUGGAACAACAAAAGACGUGGUCCAUUGCGCUGAAUGGAUGCAACGUAGAAGAGGCCCGCAUCCUGCAGUUCAGUGGGAAGCCAACUGUUAACCCAGAUAGUCAACACAACUCUUUGAAGUCCCUGUACAGUCACACCAUGACUCCUAUGUCCAACAAAAAGACACGACACAUAUCUUCCACUGCUGACAGAAUCUUAGAUGCUCCUGACAUUCGUGAUGAUUUUUAUUUGAAUCUGCUCGAUUGGAACAGCCGCAACGUCAUGGCAGUGGCUCUCAAGGACAGCGUGUACCUGUGGGACGCCACUCAGGGAAAUAUCACCCACCUCAUGACCAUGGACAAUGAGGCAGAGUAUAUCAGCUCGCUGUCUUGGGCUAAGGAAGGCAACUACCUGGCAGUUGGCACGAGCGACUGUGCAGUCCAAUUGUGGGACGUAGAGCAAGAGAAAUGCCUUCGCAGCAUGAACAGCCACUCUGCACGAGUCUGCAGCCUGAGUUGGAAUAGCCACAUCUUGUCCAGCGGCAGCCCGUCGGGUCAGAUUCACCAUCAUGACGUGAGGGUGGCGGAGCACCACAUCUUCACGCUGCAUGGCCACUCUCAGGAAGUGUGCGGGCUGCAGUGGUCGCCGGAUGGCCGCUACCUGGCCAGCGGCGCCAAUGACAACCUGGUGUGCAUCUGGCCCCGCGUGGCCCAGGGCCGCACAGACAUCACCAAGCCGCUGCACUCGCUGAGUCUCCACAAAGGGGCCGUCAAGGCUUUGGCUUGGUGUCCAUGGCAGUCCAGCAUCCUGGCCUCGGGUGGCGGAACCUCGGACUGUCACAUCCGUGUGUGGAACGUCAGCAGCGGAUCCUGCCUCAGUUCAGUCGACACACAGUCCCAGGUGUCAGCACUUGCGUUUGCUCCCAACUACAAGGAGCUGGUGUCUGCACACGGUUUCACACACCAUAACUUGGUCAUCUGGAAGUAUCCGUCCAUGGCAAAAGUCGCAGAGCUCAACGGACACGAUGAGAGAGUCCUCAACAUUGCCAUGAGUCCAGAUGGCUCCACGGUGGCCAGCCUGGCAGCGGACGAGACCAUUCGCCUGUGGAAGAGCUUUGAGGUCGACCCCAAGAAAAAAGCCAAAGACAAGACGCCCAUUUCCCUGCACUCGGCCUUCACUCGCUCCAUCAGAUGAUUUGGAGACAGAAUUUUUUUUAAUUUAUUUUUUUGAACACCAUAUGAAUUUUCAUAGUGCAUUUGCUCAAUUGCGGUCAUGAUGUUUUGCUUCCAUCGUCCACUGUAAAUUGGAUGAGGCAUCCCCUUGACAAUUUUCUUCUGUCAGACUUGCAUAACUUUUGAACAUUUGAAUAAAUGUUUCCACAAUAUGAUUAUU